AAUAGCAUUGAUGCAGUUUCAGAUCGAGAUUUUGUUUUGGAGUUUCUUUCUGCAAAUUCCAUCACGGCAAUACAUCUCUCUCGGCUUGGUGAAGAGUGGGUAUUGUGGGCUUCAGAAGAAUUUGGGUUUCUCACUCCUUGUGACUCUGUUUCAACUGGAAGCAGUAUAAUGCCACAGAAGAAGAACCCAGACCCAAUGGAACUUGUUCGAGGGAAAUCUGCCAGAGUUGUUGGAGACCUGGUUUCGCUUCUCGUGUUGUGCAAGGGACUUCCUCAUGCAUACAACCGAGAUUUACAGGAAGACAAGGAGCCUGUGUUUGACAGCAUCAAGACAAUAUUAGGAAUGCUUGAAGUGUCGGCAGAAUUUGCACAGAACAUCACUUUUAAUAAGGAAAGAAUACAGAAUGCUCUACCUGCUGGUCAUCUUGAUGCCACGACGCUUGCUGACUACCUUGUCAAGAAGGGAAUGCCAUUCCGAACUUCUCAUGAUAUAGUUGGCAGGUGUGUUGCCUUGUGUGUUUCCAGUAACUGCCAGCUUCAGGAGCUGAGUCUUGAAAAGCUGAGAAGUAUAAGCCCAGUGUUUGAUGAGGAUGUCUACGAGUUUCUUGGAGUCGAAAAUUCAGUAAAAAAGUUC